GUUCGGCGGAGGCUUGGAGAGACGGCAGGACAGAGAUCUUGUUUUGCUUUUAGUGAGUUUCAGCUAGCUAGGGCAGAGAAUUUCCCUGGACUGUUUUUUUUUCCUUUUUCUUGGAACUGUUUAAACCUGCUCUGGACUGAAAACCCAGGGGAGCACUGGGGGCUGCACCUGUGGCCCACCGGGGCCUGGACCUCGGCAUUUUCCAGCAGCGCCGGAGAGACUGGGACUGAGGAGAGACUGAGAGAGAGCCGAGCUACGCCCACGGCAAGGACUUUCUCAAUUUGCCUUCUCACUUCAGAAAGAGAGUGCCAUGGAGGUCUGCAUAUUCUUCCUUUGUGCUAUGAUACUUCUCCCAGGUAUUGCUGCCAGUGUGCAUCCAGUGAAAGCAUUUCUCCAUCACACUGUACACCUAUCCUGCUAUUUUCCAAACUCUCAGAAAAUUGACGUAAAGAACUUAAUAAAUUUUUGGCAAAAAGACAUUAAUAAAGUGGUGCACGAAGUAUAUUAUGGCCAAGAAAAAUAUGAGAACCUUAGUCCUGAAUAUAUAAAUCGCACCAAGGUGGACACGGGAAAAUGGACCUUGCAGUUGUUAAAUGCAGGGAUUGAGGACGAGGGACGCUAUCAGUGUAUUAUUAUGCAAAAAAUAACUGAACGAGCAACAGAGGUCAUACACAAAUCUGAGUGCUCACUGCACAUCAUUGCCAACUAUAGUCAACCUGAGAUAGCAGAACUGCACUCCGGGGAACUAAAGCCCAACGGAUACUUGAAUCUUUCCUGUUCUUCCAGUGGAGGUUAUCCAGAGCCCAAGGAGAUGACUUGGUUAAUUUCACAUGAGAACACAACACACAGCAGUACAGCUCACAUGGAUGUCUCACAGGAUGCUGUGACAAAGCUGUACAACGUUACCAGCAAGCUGAAUAUCCCGGUUCCAACAAAGAGCCACACUAAUAUUAGCUGCUUGCUUCACCUUAAGGAGCAACUGGGAAGCCUUAUCUCAGUCCCACUGGGCAUAGAGAUACAAAAGAAAGAAAUGGAGCAAGCAAAGAUAAAUUUCUUUGGCCCAGUUAUAGCUGUGGUUGUACUGAUCACUUCUGCACUUCUUCUGGGUUUUCUGAUAUUAAAGAAGAACAGAAAUAUCUUGUCUACCAACCAGAGUGUCAGUCUAGCAGUCUAGAAGCUAUCCAGCUUGAAACUGAGGCCAUCAGCCAGACUGCUGACUGGGAACAACCUCUGCACAAAGCAAAGCAUGAGGUCCCACGAUUUUAGAAGUUCUGCCAGAACAAAAAAUCCUCCCCAGAAGCCCUACAGAACAACCUGCAACAUUUUUGUGUGAUGGUUGAAACCUAGUGCUCAGUGUUCUCUGCUUUUUUUUGCUCCAGAAUGGUAGUAAAUAUGAUGCUCUGCCUGUAUGCAUGACUACCUUUUUGUUGUAUCUUUUACUAUGCACUGUGAUAAUGUAAAAUCCUGAGAGUCCAUGGAGAAAACAGAGCUGCAUGGGUUACAAAGGUCUCAGAAACAGAAGGAGUUAAGCCACAAUCUGUGAAUCAUACCCAUCACUGGAAACUUGAUCAGAAUCCAUGGCUAUUACCCAUGGAAUCAUAGAAUGACUUGGGUUGGAGGGGGCCUUGAAGGUCAUCUAGUUUGAAACAUCCUGCCCAACCAUGGGCCAUAAAUACUUUUUAUGAGGCUUUGUUCUGGUAACUUUCUUGUAAAACUUCACAUCCGAAAGAGGAACUUUGGGGCACUUCUCCACCUAAAAGUCAUGAAAUUACUAUCAAGC